AUUUUCUUCUCUGGAAACAUUAUUAGGUUGAGUCUCACUUUGUUUCCUUUGGAUUUUUUUUUUUUUUUUUUUUGCAUAACAAAUUUUAGUUUGUUAGAUAAAUGCUUGGUUUUCUGUUUCAUUAGAUCAGAACCGCUUGUGGCUUUGUACCAAAUCUUCUCAUCUCAGACAUGUCUAUCUUAAGCAAAAACAACUCUGAAAAUUCCACACCUUUCUUCCAUGAAUUCAAGAAACAAGCUUCUUUCUUCCUUAAGGAGAAGAUCAAGACUGCUAGAUUGGCCCUCACAGAUGUCACACCUACAGAGUUAUUGACUGAAGAAGCAACAAGUGGAAAUCCAUGGGCACCAGACACUCGGACCUUGGCUUCUAUCUCAAGAUCCGCUUUUGAGAUUGAUGAUUAUACGAGAAUUGUGGAGAUUUUGCAUAAAAGAUUGCUCAAGUUUGAGAAGAAAAACUGGAGGCUUUGUUACAACUCACUCAUUGUCGUUGAGCACUUGUUGACUCAUGGACCAGAGAGUGUUGCCGAGGAAUUUCAGUGUGAUAAAGAUGUCAUCAGACAGAUGGAAAGCUUUCAGUACGUAGACGACAAAGGAUUCAAUUGGGGGCUUGCUGUGAGAAAGAAAUCUGGGAGAGUAUUGAAACUGCUAGAGAAAGGUCCUCUUCUUAAAGAAGAGAGAGAUAAGUCUAGGAAGCUCAGCAGAGGGAUUCAAGGUUUUGGAAGCUUCACACAAAGGUCAUCGUCAUCAUCAUCAACUUUAGCACAAGGCAUUCUUAGGGAAAAAACAUCACUGGGAAGGUCUCAUUCUCAGUUCAUCAGCCAUGAGAAUCAGCAAGAAAAUAAUCAACUCCCUUACAAGAAAGAAGAUGGACUCUUCAUCAAGACUGAGGAAUCAAAGCCAAUCAAAGGAAUUGAUAUUUCUGUGUCUAUCAAGAGAAGUGAGAGUUCCAGUUCUGAAAAGGCUGAAAUCAGUGUCAAAGAAAACAUGGAUCCUGAUGAGGAAGCGUUGCAUGGGUGGGACCCCAUUGGAGAGUCCACCAACUUGCUUUUAGAUGGUAAAGAUAGUACAGAUGAGUCUAGAAUUGGAACUUCAGCCGAACAUGAUCAUCCCUUUAGUGACACAAACAUUCAAAGUACUGCUUCCCUGCUUUCUGUAAUGCAAUGAAAGUUGAAAGAUUUUUGUAAAGAAAAGAUGUUGCUUUUUACUAGCCAAAUAGCAGUGUAGGACCUAUUUAGUCUCACUUUUUUGCUAUGCGGCAGUUUGUCAUGUAUAAUUUAUUUUUUACCACAUUGCAGAUUCUCUUAUCUAUAGAGUGUUUUGUUUGUCCUUGUUAUCAAAUAUCAAAUAUAUCGGUAUUUGAAAUAUAAUGGCAGAGAUCAAACCACCAAAUCAAAAAAAUUUAGUGCUAUCAUAUAGCUUUGUAUAAACUAAGUUCAUGAGUUGGAGAUAAGAGGACUACUAAUCCCAUGG